AUGGCCCAGUUCAGGCCCAGCAACAUCCUUGGCGAUCCGUUCGCACUCGCCACCGUCUCGAUCUCGAUCCUCGCAUGGCUCAUCGCAUUCAUCUCGUCCAUUAUCGCUGAUAUCAAUGGCAAAUACCCGACAUAUUCGUGGUGGGCCGUUGCCUAUAUGUUCUGCUGCAUCGUUGGGUUGACGGUCGUCUUCGGCACGGAUACUGGCCUGACGUAUGGCGUUGCGGUUGUCGGGUAUCUGUCGGCUGGUCUCGUGAUUACGACCCUGUCCGUCAAUUCGUUGGUGUACGAAGAUAGCUCUUCGUCUCAAGCCGCAGGUGCUGGCUUUAUCUUGCUUUCGAUGGUCCUGAUUGUUUGGAUCUUUUACUUUGGGUCAACACCCCAAGCGACCCACCGAGGAUUCAUCGAUUCGUUCGCCCUCCACAAGGAACAAGGCACCAGCAGACCCAUGUCUUCCGCCUUCGGUGCUCGCCCCGAGACGACUUCCAGCCAGCCCCCGCAGAUGUAUACGUCCGCCCAACUCAACGGUUUCGAAACCUCGUCACCCGUGUCGGGAUACCCCGGCGGUGCGCCCGGUUCCGAAAACCGCAGUCCCUCGCAAGCUCGCUUCGGCAACCCGUCCACCACCAACCUCCCUCAGAAUGGCAGCGGAGACGUUGCGGGUGAGGUUCCUCAGCCGACAGAAUACCCAUACCGAGCCAAGGCAAUCUACUCGUACGACGCCAACCCGGAGGAUGCCAACGAGAUCAGCUUCACGAAGCACGAGAUUCUGGAGGUGUCAGACGUGAGUGGGCGAUGGUGGCAGGCCAGAAAAUCCACGGGAGACACGGGCAUCGCCCCAUCAAACUACUUGAUUCUCCUGUGA